AGUACAUUUUUGUUAUUUGAUUAGGACUUGCUAGUCGCCGCGCAAUCUCUAGUUCCCUCACCGUCGCCGUCUCCAUUGAGCCUCAACCAUGGCCGGUGAUAGAGCCAUAAGCCUCGAGGAGAUCAAGACACAAUCAGUAGAUUUGGAAUGGAUACCUGUAGAGGAAGUGUUGGAGCAGCUGAAAUGUACCAGGGCUGGACUCACUUCCGAGGAAGGAGCCCGUCGACUCCAAGUUUUUGGACCAAACAAACUAGAAGAGAAAAAGGAGAGCAUGAUUCUCAAGUUUUUGGGUCUUUUGUGGAACCCUUUGUCAUGGGUCAUGGAAGCUGCUGCUAUCAUGGCUAUUGUCAUGGUAAAUGGGGGUGGGAGACCUCCAAACUGGCAGGAAUUUGUUGGUAUUGUUGCGUUGUUGCUGAUCAACUCUACCAUUAGUUUUAUUGAAGAAAAUAAAGCUGGUAAUGCUGCAGCAGCCCUCAUGGCUGGUCUUGCUCCCAAAACUAAGGUUUUAAGAGAUGGUAGAUGGAGUGAACAAGAUGCUUCAAUUCUGGUUCCAGGGGACAUAAUCACCGUUAAAUUGGGAGACAUAAUUCCUGCAGAUGCUCGUCUUCUUGAGGGUGGUCCUUUAAAGAUUGAUCAAUCUGCUCUCACUGGAGAAUCUCUUCCUGUCAUUAAAAGCCCCUCAGAUGAAGUGUUUUCUGGUUCCAUAUGCAUACAGGGUGAAAUAGAAGCAGUUGUUAUUGCAACUGGUGUGCACUCGUUUUUGGGUAAAGCUGAGCAUUUAGUAGACCGCACCAAUCAAGUUGGGCAUUUUCAGAAGGUUCUCACAGCCAUUGGCAAUUUCUGCAUUUGUUCGAUUUUUAUUGGAUUAUUCAUUGAGGCAGUUGUCAUGUACGGGAUCCAGCACCGCAACUAUAGGGAUGGAAUUGACAAUUUACUAGUUCUCUUGAUUGGAGGAACCCCGAUUGCCAUGCCAACAGUGUUAUCUGCCACCAUGUCCAUUGGUUCUCAGAGGCUCUCUCAGCAGGACAAAAGAACUGCUCUUACCUACAUUGAUUCUAAUGGAAACUGGCAUCGGGCUAGCAAAGGUGCCCCCGAGCAGGUAGCCGUGAUUUUCCUCAUGCUGAUAUUGGACCUCUGCAACUCCGAGGGAGAUGUUCGGAGAAAGGUUCAUGCAGUAGUUGACCAGUUUGCUGAACGUGUAUUUCGAUCGUUAGCAGUGGCAAUACAGGAAAUACCUGAGAAGACAAAAGAUAGUUCAGGGGAACCGUGGCAGUUUAUUGGUUUGUUGCCUCUAUUUGAUCCUCCAAGGCAUGACAGUGCUGAAACCAUUAGAAUGGCUAAAGACCUUGGCGUGAAUGUUAAGAUGAUUACAGGUGAUCAGCUUGCCAUCGCCAAAGAAACUGGGAGGAGGCUUGGAAUGGGAACGGACAUGUACUCUUCUUCCUCCUUGUUUUUUGAAGAUAAGGAUGCUUUACUUGCUGGUGUUUUCACCAAAAAUGAGUUCAUUGAGAUGGCCGAUGGAUUUGCCGGGACGCUGCAAGAGAGGAAACAUAUCUGUGGUAUGACUGGAGAUAAUGAUGCACCUGCUUUGAAGAAGGCUGAUAUUGGAAUUGCUGUUGCCAAUGCUUCAGAUGCUGCUAGAAGCGCAUCAGAUAUUGUCCUUACUGAACCAGGGCUUAGUGUCAUUAUAAGCGCGGUGCUAACUAGCAGGGCUAUUUACCAAAGAAUGAAGAACUACACAAUCUAUGCUGUUUCUGCUACCAUCCAUAUUUUGUUUAGUUUCCUGAUUAUUGCCAGGGUGUGGAAGUUUGACUUUGCUCCUUUUAUGGUCUUAAUUAUUGCCAUCCUAAAUGACGGGACAAUCAUGACAAUACCAAGAGAUAGAGUGAAGCUAUCUCCACAGCCUGACAGCUGGAAGCUGAGAGAGAUUUUCACUACUGGCAUUGUGCUUGGAGGAUACUUGGCAGUCGUGACUGUAUUAUUUUUCUGGGCUAUAAGAUACCCCAACUUCUUCUCUGAUAAGUUUCAAGUAAUUCCUCUGCGCCAGCAGUAUAGUCUUGAUGUUAUUGAUCAGUCAAUGGUGAUGGCAGCUUUAUACCUUCAAGUGAGUAUUGUGAGCCAGGCCCUCAUUUUCGUGACACGAUCCCAGAGCUGGUCCUAUGUUGAACGCCCCGGACUUCUGUUAGUCAUUGCUUUUAUACUCACUCAGCUGGUAGCAACACUGAUUGCAGUCUAUGCAAAUUGGGAUUUUGCUAAAAUGAAAGGUAUUGGCUGGAGAUGGGCUGGAGUGAUCUGGCUUUAUAGUGUUGUGACUUAUAUCCCUCUCGAUAUUCUCAAGUUUGCCAUUCAGUAUCUCCUUGGUAGUAAUGUGAGGGAUACACUGUUACAGGACAAGACCGCUACAAAAAACCCUUUCAGUGACAAGAACAGUUGUAGGAAACUCCCAGAGAUUGCAGAGGAGGUUGAACGCCGGGCUGAGGUUAUCAGGCUGAGAGAGCUUACACGUAAGGGGCAUGUUGAAUCAGCUGUCGAGCUGAAGGGACUUGACAUUGAUAUGGCAGCAUUUGAUGCAUCCACUAUGGAGAAUUUUCUGCAAGAGUUGGACAAGGAGAAGCCGGUGGGAUACACUGCUCAGCAGCUGGAUGACUUUACAAGAAAUUACUCGAAAAGGUUGGGGUCUGGAGCAUAUGGGGAUGUUUAUGAAGGGCAGUUUCCAAAUGGAGUCAAGAUUGCAGUGAAGUUGCUCAAGGAAAAAUAUGAGGGAGCAGCAAAAAAGCAGUUCAUGGCAGAGAUAGACACAAUUGGAAGAACAAACCACAUUAAUUUGAAGGAGAUGAUUGAGUGGGAAAAAUUGCAUGUAAUAGCGGUGGGUACAGCCCAAGGAAUUGCUUAUUUGCAUCAAGGCUGUCAGCAGAGAAUUAUUCACUAUGAUAUCAAGCCAGCCAAUAUUCUACUUGAUGCAAACUUCCUCCCUAAAGUUGCAGAUUUUGGGCUUGCAAAGCUUUGCAGCAGGGACAGUACUCAUGAUUCAGUUACCGGAUUCAAGGGAACCCUUGGUUACUCUGCCCCCGAGCUUUUUCUGAGAAAUCAUCCCGUAACUUACAAAUGUGACGUGUAUAGUUUUGGAAUGUUGUUGUUUGAGAUAGUUGGGAGGAGGAAAAACACAGUUAGUACUUCCUCUGAAAUCGUUGAUUGGUUUCCAAAGGUUGUGUUGGAUAAGUACCAGAAUGGUGAAUUGGCUGAACUAAUAAAAAGUUAUGGGAUUAAAAAGGAGGACAUGGAAAAGGCAGAGAGAAUGUCAUCAGUGGCAUUGUGGUGUGUUCAAGAUUCGCCAGGAGCUAGGCCACCAAUGAGUGCCGUGGAACGGAUAUUUGUAGAGGAAGUGUUGGAGCAGCUGAAAUGUACCAGGACUGGACUGACUUCGGAGGAAGGAGUCCGUCGACUCCAAGUUUUUGGACCAAACAAACUAGAAGAGAAAAAGGAGAGCAAGAUUCUCAAGUUUUUGGGUUUUAUGUGGAACCCUUUUUCAUGGGUCAUGGAAGCUGCUGCUAUCAUGGCUUUUGUCAUGGCAAAUUGGGGUGGGAGACCUCCAAGCUGGCUGGAAUUUGUUGGUAUCGUUGUGUUGUUGCUGAUCAACUCUACCAUUAGUUUUAUUGAAGAAAAUAAAGCUGGUAAUGCUGCUGCAGCCCUCAUGGCUGGUCUUGCUCCCAAAACUAAGGUUUUAAGAGAUGGUAGAUGGAGUCAACAGGAUGCUUCAAUUCUGGUUCCAGGGGACAUAAUCACCAUUAAAUUGGGAGACAUAAUUCCUGCAGAUGCUCGUCUUCUUGAGGGUGAUCCUUUAAAGAUUGAUCAAUCUGCUCUCACUGGAGAAUCUCUUCCUGUCACUAAAAACCCCUCAGAUGUAGUGUUUUCUGGUUCCAUAUGCAAACAGGGUGAAAUAGAAGCAGUUGUUAUUGCAACUGGUGUGCACUCGUUUCUGGGUAAAGCUAAGCAUUUGGUAGAGAGCACCAACCAAGUUGGGCAUUUUCGGAAGGCUCUUACAGCCAUUGGCAAUUUCUAUAUUUAUUCAAUUUUUGUUGGAAUAUACAUUGAGGCUGUUUUCAUGUUCAUGAUCCAGCAACGCGGGUUCAGGGACUUCGUUGACAAUUUACUAGUUCUCUUGAUUGGAGGGACCCCGAUUGCCAUGCCAACUAUGUUAUCUGUCACCAUGGCUACUGGUUCUCAAAGGCUCUCUCAGCAAGGUGCUAUUACCAAGAGAAGGACAGCCAUUGAGGAAUUGGCACGCAUGGAUGUUCUCUGCAGUGACAAGACAGGGACUCUGACCCUGAACAAGUUGACUGUUGAAAGAAACCUGACUGAAGUGUUUGUAGAGGGGAUAGAGAUGGACCAAGUUAUCCUUCAUGCAGCUAGAGCUUCAAGAACUGAAAAUCAGGAUGCUAUUGAUGCGGCUGUUGUUGGAAUGCUUGCAGAUCCCAAAGAGGCACGCGCUGGUAUUAGGGAGGUUCAUUUCCUUCCUUUCAACCCUGUAGACAAAAGAACUGCUCUUACCUACAUUGAUUCUAAUGGAAACUGGCAUCGGGCUAGCAAAGGUGCCCCCGAGCAGAUAUUGGACCUGUGCAACUCCAAGGGAGAUGUUCGGAAAAAGGUUCAUACAGUAAUUGACGAGUUUGCUGAACGUGGACUUAAAUCAUUAGCAGUGGCAAUACAGGAAAUACCUGAGAAGACAAAAGAUAGUUCAGGGAAACCAUGGCAGCUUAUUGGUUUGUUGCCUCUAUUUGAUCCUCCAAGGCAUGACAGUGCGGAAACCAUUAGAAUGGCUAAAGUCCUUGGCGUGGAUUUUAAGAUGAUUACUGGUGAUCAGCUUGCCAUCGCCGAAGAAACUGGGAGGAGGCUUGGAAUGGGAACGAACAUGCACCCUUCUUCCUCCCUGCUUUUUGAAGAUAAGGAUGCUUUAAUGGCUGCUGCUUUCCCUAUAAAUGAGUUCAUUGAGACGGUAGAUGGAUUUGCUGGAGUAUUACCAGAACACAAAUAUGAAAUUAUUAGGAUGCUGCAAGAGAGGAAACAUAUCUGUGGUGUGACUGGAGAUGGUGAUGCAACUGCUUUGAAGAAGGCUGAUAUUGGAAUUGCUGUUGCCAAUGCUUCAGAUGCUGCUAGAAGUGCAGCGGAUAUUUUCCUUACUGAACCAGGGCUUAAUGCCAUUAUAAGUGCAGUGCUAACCAGCAGGGCUGUUUACCAAAGGAUGCAGAACUACAUAGUCAGUUAUAUUCUAGUUUACCUUUGUUGGCAUUCUCUUGUUCCUUGUUUCAUGGAGAAAAUUGAUAUGUUGGGGUCUGGGGCAUAUGGGGAUGUUUAUGAAGGGCAUUUUCCAAAUGGAGUCAAGAUUGCAGUGAAGUUGCUCAAGGAAAAAUAUGAGGGAGCAGCAAAAAAGCAGUUCAUGGCAGAGAUAGGCACAAUUGGAAGAACAAACCACAUUAAUUUGGUUAGACUUUAUGGUUUUUGCUAUGAUAGAAAUACAAUUGCGCUUGUAUAUGAAUUCAUGGAAAACGGAUCGCUUGAUAAUUACUUGUUUGGGAAGAAGGAGAUGAUUGAGUGGGAAAAAUUACAUGCAAUAGCGGUGGGGACAGCCAAAGGGAUUGCUUACUUGCACGAAGAAUGUCAACAGAGAAUUAUUCACUAUGAUAUAAAGCCAGCCAAUAUUCUACUUGAUGCAAACUUCCUCCCUAAAGUUGCAGAUUUUGGGCUUGCAAAGCUUUGCAACAGGGACAGUACUCAUGAUUCAGUUACCGGAUUCAAGGGAACCUUUGGUUAUUCUGCCCCAGAGUUUUUUAUGGGAAAUCAUCCCAUAACUUACAAAUGUGAUGUGUAUAGUUUUGGAAUGUUGUUGUUUGAGAUAGUUGGGAUGAUUAAAAACAAGGUUAGUGGUUCCUCUGAAAGCCUAGAAUGGUUUCCAAAGGUUGUGUUGGAUAAGUACCAGAAGGGUGAAUUGGCUGAACUAAUAAAAAGUUAUGGGAUUAAAAAGGAGGAUAUGGAAAAGGCAGAGAGAAUGUCAUUAGUGGCAUUGUGGUGUGCUCAAGACUCGCCAAGAGCUAGGCCACGAAUGAGUGCCGUGGUAAAGAUGCUGGAAGGAGGAGUGGAGAUUAUGCCACCUCCUAAACCCACUCAUUCACUGUUCGGGAAAACUGCAGUCAAGCCACCAAAUGCUGCCGCUGAUUCGAGUUCCUCCUCGAGUGAAGAAUCCAAUGCUAAUUGGUAUAAAGAGACCACUGCAAUCAUGGCCAAGUAUGAAAUAGAAGUGGCCAUUAGUUAACAAGACUAAAAUCCAGUUUCCAGAAAGUGUGUUCUGUCUUGACUUUUAUUAUUAUAAAGUUUCUCGUCUUCUGUUUAGCUAACAGAAUUUUAAAUUUCGUUCGAUAGUAACAGGAACCAAGGUAGAUUCUUUUCUUCAAUUUACCACAACCAAGAAACGGUAAAGGCAUUAAAACACAGACAGAAAC